CACAGACACUAUGAUCGGUACACUCACUACGUACAUCGUCAAUCGUGGGAUUCUAUCAGCCGUUAUUCAGAUCGCAUUAUGCGCAACGUACUUGGUAUCUAUCAAGCAGAACGGUAUGGUAUGGCUGAUUUUCCACUGCGCGGGAGUGAAAAUCUAUACAAACUCGUUGUUGGGCGUAUUGAAUGCUCGCCGACACGUCAGAGGUGGAAGCUCACAUAUCGAAAUGUCCGAUUUCACGCCCGGACCGGCGGAUGGGAACGCAACGCGUUGUGAUAUCGAUUUUGAAGCGGACUCGGCUAUUAGCAACAGUGUAUCUUAUAUGACGUGACGUUGCUAUUGGAUGCGACGGGCGAAGGAUUCAGGACUUACGUCCACAGAAACUCAGUUGCUACUACACGGCGCAACCUGCAGCUGAGAGGGAGGCAAGAUUCGAGACCUGUGGGUCGUAACCAAUAUUUCCAUUUACGUCGGAGGUGGUUGGAUCCUUGCCGAAUGCAGAAAGGGGCAAUCCGACGGAGGUCGAAAGACUGAAUAGCAACAUCAUGGGAGCUGAGCACGGCCCCGGCAAGGAGAGCCUCUGCACAUGCGGUUACUUAGCGCUCGCCAGAUCAGAUCGGUACUCAAGUGUUCAAGUUCUUACACUGCUCGACUACACUAAUAUUC